CGCCCAGCUUUGCCAGAUCGUUGAGGUUAUCUCACGCGCAACCCCUUCCAGCUUUUCUGUGUGAAGCCUUUGUUUGAUUGAUCGAUCAAGCUAACUUUUACCCAGCGAAUCCCUUGUUGCAGUCUCCCGCAGAUAGUCGUGCUUCCCCCCGCGUUACGCUUUGAACUUCUCUCCAGCGAACAAACAUGGCAGCUAACGCUCUUUGCGCAUCUCACGCCGCGGUCGGCGCCGUGUCCUUCUCCGAGGCCGCCCACACAUCCACGCGCCGAUCGGCAGCUCCACAGAUCGCGCCCGCAUCCUUCGCAUCCUUCCAUGGGCUGAAAUCCGUCUCCCCAUCCACGGUCCCCGCCAACCCCCUCCGCGCGAUCCUCUCCGCGCGCAGUUCCGCGGCUCCUGCGGCAGCUCCCCGCCUAGUCGCCGCCCCCGUGGCUUCCGCCGAGAUCAAGGUUGCGCUGCUCGGCGCGGCUGGAGGGAUCGGACAGCCGCUGUCGCUGCUCCUCAAGAUGUCGCCGCUCGUGUCGGAGCUACACCUAUACGAUAUCGCCAACGUCGCAGGUGUCGCAGCUGACGUCAGCCACUGCAACACUCCCGCAAAGGUGAAGGCUUUCACCGGCGCAGAUCAGCUGGGCGCCGCAUUGGACGGUGUAGAUCUCGUCAUCAUCCCCGCCGGCGUGCCGCGCAAGCCCGGCAUGACGCGCGACGACCUGUUCAACAUCAACGCGGGGAUCGUUCAGAAGCUCGUCGAUGCCGUGGCGGACCACUGCCCCAAAGCGUGGAUCAACAUCAUCACCAACCCCGUUAACAGCACCGUCCCCAUCGCCGCGGAGGUGCUUAAAUCGAAGGGCGUGUGGGACCCGCGCAAGCUGUUCGGCGUGACGACGCUCGACGUGGUGCGCGCGAACACGUUCCUCGCGGAGCUCAAGGGCCUGCGCCUCAUCGACGUGGACGUGCCCGUGAUCGGCGGCCAUGCCGGUGCCACCAUCCUGCCGCUGCUGUCCAAGGCCAAGCCGGCGGUGACGUUGACGGAGGACGAGGCGGCGAAGCUGACGGUCCGCAUCCAAAACGCCGGCACGGAAGUCGUCGAGGCCAAGGCAGGAGCUGGCUCUGCGACUCUCUCCAUGGCCUAUGCGGCUGCGCGCUUCGCCGAGUCUUGCAUGCGCGCCAUGGACGGUGAUCCCGACGUCUUCGAGUGCACCUACGUCGCUUCCGACGUGACGGAGCUGCCGUUCUUCGCCUCGCGUGUGAAGCUGGGUCGGGAGGGCCUGGAGGCCUUCGUGCCGUCGGAGCUGGAGGGGCUGUCGCCCGCGGAGAAGGUCGGGCUGGACGCCAUGGUUGCCGAGCUCAAGGGCAGCAUUGAAAAGGGUGUCAAGUUUGCUAACAAGGCCGCCGAGCCCCUCGAGGCUGCCACCAAGUGAAGUGUUUGCGGUUUGAUUUUUUUUCUGCUGUGUUUUGAAAGUAGUGGCAGGACUGUUUAGUUGAUGCUGCUGUUGUGCUGCAUGCUGGGGAGUUGCGCUUCCAAUAGUAUAUGAUUGAAUAUGAACCUCGCUAUUGAGGUUUCUUUUGCAUUUGGUAUGUACUGUACCGUUGCCAGCAGUACACGGUGCUUUGUUGAAUAUUGUUGGGCUGAGAGAAAGCCUUUGGGAUCUUUCCAGAGACUAAGUCCCAGUUGUAAAAGACUUGUACUGCAGUGGAAGUUGAGUAGUUGAACCCUUGUACUAGUAUAUGAGAACAAGUAUGGUGUUGGAGUGCCAGAACCCAUCAGGGUCGAAGUCGGGGUCAAGAUCCGGCGGGUGUGUC